AUGGGCGGUCCGGCCUUCGAUCUCCUCGCCAACCCGCUGGGAGCGGUGCGCGUCCUUUUCGAUCGCGAGGUCCACCGGCUCCUCAGCGCCGCACAAAGCGGCGGAGGCGGCGGCGAUGGCGGGGGCGCGCAGGAGGCGAUAAAGCGACAGCUGGCGGAAGGGGACUGGGGAGUUCGCACGCUCGUCGACGAAUUCCUGUUUCGCGAUGGGAACAUAGAUAAGGUGCCGGAGACUAAUUCAGUGGGCAUGGAUCACGUGCCUGUGGGCUCGCUAGUCAGAUUCCGAGGCAUGGUGCCGGGGGAGCAGCCAUGGGCGCGGGCUCUCAGGGACGGGGGGAGGGAGGGGAGGGGGAACUGGGGGAGAGGGGAGGGGGGAAGCGGAGCGGAGGAGGGCAGUGGGGCGGAGCAGAGGGGCAGAGAGGAGGGGGACGCUGAAGCUAUGUUUUCUGAUGCUCUGGACUGCAAUGUUCAUGCCAUUGAAUGCACUCGUUUGCCAAACAGCACUAAACGAGUGCAGUAG